UUCUGGUCUUGAAGUCGUCUAUAUCCCAACCGACUCCCAGUAUCAGUUUCAGUUCAUACACGUCAUUUGAGGACCUGAAAAAAUCUCUAUCUGACUUGAAAAUUGAAGUUGAAAAACUCUGUGAGAGUGGUGUGUUGAAGAUGUCUGGAAAAGCGGCGAUAUUGGAAAUCAUCAAGUCACCGGAGCCAAAGACCAGGCAGGACUUCUUAAAGUACUGCUUCGAUCUCACCCUGGAUCCAAACACAGCACACAAAGAGAUCUCUCUGUCUGAGGGGAACAAGAUGGCGACGCGUGGUGAGGCCCAGUCCUACCCAGAUCAUCCAUACCGAUUCCGAGGCACUGAGCAGGUGCUGUGUGAACAGGGCUUUUGUAGACGCGCUUACUGGGAGGUGGAGCUGGAUCUGAAGAAGGGUGAAAACGUUCAAGUUGCAGUAGCCUAUAAAAGUACAACCAAGAGGAUCUCUCGUGGGUAUAGCUAUUACGAUCAUUACGAGUAUAGUGAUAAUGCGUUUGAUUGGUUCCUCAGAUGUAGGCUUGCAGAUUACUCCCACUGGAGUAGCUAUGACGACAUUUUCUACGCUACUGCCCCCUGUAGGAUUGGAGUGUAUGUGGAUUACAGGGCAGGCAAUUUGUCCUUCUACAACGUGUCUGACAACAUGACCCUUAUCCGUACGGUUUCCAAGUCCUUCAGUGAGCCCGUUUAUCCUGGCUUCUGGCUGGGUAAGGAUGCCUCUGUCAAACUUCUGUAAAUGAAUGCUCAAACCAUGCACAUGCCAUUGCAAAGAAAGACAGAAAAAAAACAUUGGCCUAUAAAAAAGGAGUGCGGAUGAAGGAGCCCAAGAUAUUGUGGGAAGAUGGGGCACCCACUCUGAUGUAGAGUAAAUAAAUACAUUUAAGAAAGCAUACUAAUCCUUUGACACGUCAGGAGAGUAGUGGCUACUGGCUACUCGUGUUUUGCCGGGUGUGAUGUCAUGUAUCUCCCAUGGCAUCCAUUAGAAAGGGAAUGGGGAAACUCUAAAGGGGAUCUUUGGUUAAGACGUUAUAUCUAUUUUAUCAUAUCCAUUUAUGGUAUAACAAUGUAUGUGCUGGUCGUUAUAUCUAUUUUUUGGUGGGCAAAAAAUGUUAGAAUUUACCAAUAAUCCAUCAUGUAGUUAUAUGGCCCCGGCCCACAGUUCGAGAAUCACUAGACAGAAUCCCUUAUCGCAGGGUAACCAACCUCUUCCAACUUGGGGACCACUUGAAAUUUAUUUGCCGUUUCCUUUAUUUGUGUUAAGCGUUAUAUGUGGAGAUAAGUUGGGCGUUGUGUGGAGCCUAAAUGUUCAGAACCAACUACCGGUAAUAAUUCAUUAUGAUCCGUAUUUUCUUAUUGGUGUUUACAAAUACUGUACAAUGUAUUUGCAAAAUGAUCAUCAUAAAGAGUCAUGAUUAUACACUAUACCUGUUAAUGGAUGUUGAUAUAUUGAUUAUACACCUGUACAUGUUUUUUUCAUUUUCACACACACACACACACACACACACACACACACACACACUGUCCCUCACAUACAGUAAAUAAAUGAUAAGAAUGGAAUGGUAACACUUUAUUUUCAGGAUACAUCUCUUAGCACUAAUGCAUACAAUGUUAAUCCUGCAUAAGUAACUUGUAGGGCAUGUACUAAGCUAACGCUAAGGCCUACAAGGUCCUUACUAAGGUUAAAUUGGUAAUAAAUCCCUUAUUGUGCAUGAACAAGACAUUUGCGAAUACAUGCCUAACAAAUGUUUGAUUUUGCUUUGUAUAUGCCUUACAAGUUACUUAUACAGGUACAUUGUAUGUAUUUGUGCUAAUAGAUGUAUCCCUAAAAUAAAGUGUUACCAAUGGAAUCUGAUAGAUGACUUAUACUGUUUUUUACAUAAGCAUAUACAUUUGUGUCUAGAUAAUCAUUUCAUUUUCAUUGUCUUAUGCUCAAACUGAUGAGAAUUGUGUAUGUUUUCUGAAUUUAUUGCCUUCAUUUCACAAACUGUUGCCAUUGACACACAUGACUCUGUUUUGGUCUGUGUUGGAUGUUAUUAAAAAUCCCUUUCGCUGAAA